AUGGCCUAUAAACAAGCUUUCAAGAAAAGGGUCUAUGACAAGUUACGUGAACAACUUUGGGAAGCUUUAACAAAGAACAACGACUGUGACGUCACAAUCAAGAUAGACGAUGAUAUGUUCCAAUGCCACAAGGUCGUCCUGGCAAUGAUGUCACCUUACUUUGAUGCCAUGUUUACUUCGGGCUUCAAGGAAACCGACAACAAGGUGAUAGAAGUACAAAGCAUCAGUCCGGAUACCUUCAGAAAUGUGCUGGAGCACAUUUACCGCAGAAACGCAGCCGUGAAUACUUCCAAUGUGCUUGAUGUGUUGCACGCAAGUUCAAUGUUCCUUUUGGACAGCCUUAUUGAACGUUGUGAAACGUUCCUCAUAAACGAGGGUGACGUGAGCAAAUUGUGGUUGAAACAAUGUGAUGAGCUGAGAGUGACAAAUGAAGCAGAUGUUUUGAAGGCUGUUCUCCUGUGGACAAUAAACCAAGAAAGUUCCUCAGAAACACAUCUACCACGCUUGUUGGCUCAUGUCUCGAUUAACCAGGUUUCAAAUGACACCUUCAAAUCUAAAAUAGCCCCUCUACUCGAAACUCUAGGACAGAAUACGCGAGAUAUUGUCGAGGAGGCCAAGAAAGAGCAGAAUGCCUCAGGAAAACAGAUUGUGAGACACAACGACAAACCUACAAAUGUCCUAUUUGGUGAUGACGAAGUCCAUGGGAGAAAAGUACUGAAGAUGUACUCUUUGGAUGACCGCAAGAUGUACGAAGUUCCAGCACUACCUGGUAUGCACAGUGUGGCUGGAACACCAAGAGGCUUCGCCUUCAAUGGUGAUCUAAUGCUCAGCAGUCUUAGCAGUGUCUAUAGGUUGAAUGUACAGACAUGGUGCUGGGAGGAUAUGGACAUGCCGCCAAUGCAUGUCAUCCAGAUACUCACUGUACAACAUAAACUGUAUGUGUUUGGAUUAUGCGAGGAUGGCAUCCAGCUACUGAGGUAUGAAGAAGAUGAGGAUGGGGAGCCUGGCUGGAAGAUGGUUGGUGUCAUUGGAGGAGAGAUGAGAAACUGUUCGGCAGCUGUUUUGGGGACAAGGUCUACUUAAUUGGAGAAGAUGUCAGCAAUUAUUCACUUACAAAGAAGGUCUUUAUUCUGAAUGAAUUUGGAAUUGAUGCAGCGUCAUGUCUGGGACAAUUUCAG